CAAAAAGCAAACAUAAUAAUACAAAACAUAACAAUAUUUGUCAUUGAUUGUUUCUCUCUAUUUUAAAUCAAUUUGAGUUUACAUUGAGAAUAUCAUAAUGGACAGUAUAGUUGUUAUCGAGUGUACAGAUGGACAUCAAGUAACACAACUCUCUUACCUGGAGAGCAUUUGCCCCAUGCUACACGAUCGUGUAGCAUUCAAUCCUGAGCAUCAAGCACUCUCACUUUCUGUAAAUGCUACUUGCCAACAAAUGUCGCAAGUUAUAAAUUUCAUAGAACAAAUGGAUCCUGAGUUAGAAAAUUUGGACAACGCCUUUGAAAUAUAUUUAAUUUCCAAUCAGUUCAAUUUAUCAGGACUUAGAAUGAAGUGUCAGCAUUUUAUGGUAGAAUUACUUAAUGUUAAGAACAUUUGUCGUAUAUACGAAUUUGCUGUUUCUGUCGAUGACCACGUAAUACAGUUUUAUUGUUUGGGAAAAUUCGAGGAAGUGUGGGAAGAUUUAAUUGAACUUGAUGAGUUUUUGGAUUGUAAAGAGAGUACGAUCAUGAAACUUAUUUCCCGUCCAUGUUACAAAAAUAUAGAUGAAUUCCUUUUAAUAAUAGGUGUUUAUAAUUGGGCCAAGAGACGAAUCACCGAUUCAGAAGAAUCUAAUAGAGAAGUAUUUUUAGCCCAGCUAAGAUCUGUAAUAGAUCCAUUCAUUCCGAAGUUCAGAUUCCUUGUACUUGAAAUUGAAGAUCUGACAGACAAAACAUUUAACAACAUACUCGAUUGUUUAACACCAGAAGAGAAGGAUUCCCUUCUAACCUUUUAUACAACGGGGGUCUUAUCGAAUUGCCCAGAAACUCUUUGUCAGGAACGAAAUCCAAGAAGGUUGGCUUUCUGCGAAAAUUUAUACUCUUUUCAACAUCGGCAUUUUUUCCAAAACAGAAGAAAUUUCAUUAUCACAAACGAAACAACAUUUACUUGUGAAAUAUUUGUGAAAGAAGACACUUACGUACUUGAUGUUGAAUUACCAAUUUACCAUUCUAAAACAGGCGGUAUAGAUCUUUUAUUCUGUGGUUACUUGGAAAGUAGAAAUUGCCCCAUACAAAACCAAAUUCUGAAUUGUAAUAGUGUAGGCCAUGCCUGUGUGGAUACUAUAUUCUUGAAACGAGAUUCGACAGCUCGCUUCACAGUGAAGAUAUCGGACCCCUCUGUGAUAGAAGGAGAUGUAAUGGCAAAAAACGAAAUAGAUUAUUUUUAUGAAAAUUCAAAUUUUGGAGAAGUUCCUAAUGAGGAAACAAUCGAUAACUUUUACUUUACUGUCGGAGUUAGUUUUUAGGAAUCUAAAAAUAUCAUUGUCUGAUUUCAGUGAAAUAUUUAAAAUUUAAUAAAUGAUAUAAUAAUUUUAAGAAGAGAUGAUAAUUCGUAAGAAUUCAAUUGAAAAUUAGCAGGAAAAUUUGCAGCAUCAAACGUUAAACUAAAUUAAAAAUUCGUUUAUUUUUAUUUAUAUUCACAUCUGAAGUAAGAAUGUAGUAGGCUAUUAAAAGAGUAAAU